AUGAAACAUUUAGAUCACACUGGGUCACUCUGGACGGAGCCUCAGUAUAAUAUUCAUUGGUGUGUAACUCCUAAAAUAGGUAGCACACAUUGGAAACAGGUGCUACGAUUUCUUUCCGGCGAUUAUCCAGCAAAGUUAAACAUUACCAAGCCAGAGGACAUAUCCCGUUUGUAUGUCCAUUCUACGACAGUGAAAAAUAUCAAACGUCGGGCGUUGUACAAAGCUAUUGUUCGAGGAGAGACGUCGAGUGGUAAAUUAUUCAUGUUUGCAAGGGAACCAUUCAGUCGCUUAUGGUCCGCAUACAUUGACAAGUUUUUUCUGCCGGAUUUCUGGGAAAAAGAAGCCCCCGCUGUCGUUAGCAGAGUUCGCUCCAACGUCACUUCGCAGCAGAUCACGUGUACAAUUGACGUCACGUUUGUAGAAUUUCUACUCUAUAUAGUGCAAUCUAAUACUGGCACAUUGAACCCACACUGGCGGCCGGUUUCUAAGCUGUGUAAUCCAUGCCAUGUUGAGUACGACGUCAUUGGCAAACAGGAAACUUUCGCUAAUGAUUCGAACUUAAUAAUAAAUAAAUUUGGACUCAGAAAAAAGAUACCCAAAUCAACAAGUACAAAAUCGUCAAGGGCCAAUGAAGAAAUAACAAUGUUGGUCAAAUUUAAUUUUGAUUUGGAGCAUUCUCUACCGGAAGGCUGUUUUGACGCAGAAGAUGUUGCAAAGCGCCUUUGGAAAGCUUUCCAGUAUAAUGGAUAUAUCCACAGAUCAAUUGAGAUGCCUUUGUCGAGUAUGCUGUCCCAUAACUUUAUUGAACAUCCCACAGCUGUGUUCUUGAAGCAUGCUUAUAUUGCCUUACAGUACCAGUCAGACAAUAAGUUGGUUUUAAAAGAUCAAAAACUCGAGAUGAUGUUAGAGGCGUAUGCGGGUGUUUCGAGAAAUCUGGUUGAUAAAAUAAAAGAAGUCUACAGCAAUGACUUUGAGAUGUUUGGAUAUGAUAAAUAUCUUUUGUGA